AUGGCUCUAAACCAGCACAAUGAAACAUUCAAGCUCGACAAGUUGUUCGAUGUGCAAAACAAAGUUGCCCUGAUCACUGGUGGCGGCAGUGGCAUCGGCCUGAUGGCCACGCAAGCCCUAGCAACCAACGGAGCAAAGGUGUACAUAGUCGGGCGCACGGAAGAGAAGCUCGAGAAGGUGGCCGAGACGUACGGCAAAGACAUCCCAGGCUCGAUCAUCCCCAUCGUGGCCGAUGUAUCGAAGAAAGACGAAAUCAAGAAACUCGUCGACACCAUCUCCUCCAAGGAGAAGUGUCUGUGUAUCCUGGUCAACAACGCAGGCAUCGCGCUCAACACACAGCAAACGGAAGCGUCCAGCGCCGAGGAAAUGUCUGAAAACCUCUUCUCAGACCCGAACGAGACAUUCGAGAUGUGGACAGACACCUACCGAACCAACGUCCCGCAACUCUUCUUCAUGACCACCGCAUUUCUCCCCCUCCUGCAGGCAGCGCACAAGCACAACUCCAACUUCUCCGGCACGGUGGUCAACAUCUCAUCGAUCUCGGGUAUCGUGAAGGCUUCACAGCACCAUUUCGCAUACAACGCGUCCAAAGCCGCGGCCAUCCACCUGACGACGAUGCUCGCGAGCGAAAUCACCUCCAACGGCCUGCGCGUCCGCGUCAACAGCAUCGCCCCGGGUGUGUUUCCCAGCGAAAUGACCACCGGCGGCGAAAGCGACGAGAAACAGAAGUCGCACAUCCCCAGAGAGAAAUAUCAGGACAAGGUCCCUGCUGGCCGUCCCGGUGAGGACAGAGAUAUGGCCAAUGCGAUUCUCUUUGCCGCGACCAACCAGUACCUCAACGGCCAGACCGUCGCGGUUGACGGCGGCUAUAUCUUGAGCGCUGGAGCUGGCGCAUAG